UCUCUUUCUCUCUCUAACUCUGUUCUUGUUUGUUUGUUUUUUUUUGUUUCUCUCUGUUACAACCCUUUCUUCAAAACCCAGAACCCAAUUUGCCAUUACUUCAAUACCCAGUUUCUUAUUUUCUUUUUCUUUUCUUCUGAAAUGGGCAAUUGUUGCUCUCAUAUUUGUACCAACGAGGGUCACCCGGAAACCAUCAAAAGAGACCACCAUUCAUCUCAAGAAAGCAAUUCAGCCAAUGUUCAUAAUGGACACGCCAAGGCCAAGGCCCCGGCUAAGCCCGCCACACCCUCGCCUUCCUCCGCCGCCACCGGGGCUUCCUCGAAGCCAUCUAAGCCCGCCCCAAUCGGCACGGUCUUAGGCCGCCCCAUGGAGGACGUCCGGUCGACGUAUAAUAUCGGUAAGGAGCUCGGAAGAGGGCAGUUUGGGGUGACGCAUUUGUGCACUCACAAGGUCACCGGAGAGCAAUUCGCUUGCAAGACAAUUGCGAAAAGGAAGCUUGUGAAUAAGGAGGAUAUUGAGGAUGUUAGGAGGGAGGUUCAGAUAAUGCACCACUUGACGGGACAGCCUAAUAUUGUGGAGCUCAAGGGGGCUUAUGAGGAUAAGCAUUCGGUCCAUUUGGUUAUGGAGCUUUGCGCCGGAGGUGAGCUCUUCGACCGGAUCAUCGCCAAGGGCCACUAUACUGAGCGCGCCGCCGCGUCGCUGCUGAGGACAAUUGUGCAGAUUGUGCACACUUGCCAUUCCAUGGGAGUCAUUCAUAGAGAUCUCAAGCCUGAGAACUUCCUCUUGCUCAACAAGAAUGAGGAUUCGCCCCUCAAGGCUACCGAUUUCGGUCUUUCCGUGUUCUACAAGCAAGGGGAAGUAUUUAAGGACAUCGUUGGAAGCGCGUAUUACAUUGCCCCAGAAGUGUUGAAGAGGAGAUAUGGACCAGAAGUGGAUAUAUGGAGUGUUGGUGUUAUGUUGUAUAUUCUUCUAUCUGGUGUUCCUCCUUUUUGGGCAGAAUCGGAGCAUGGGAUAUUCAAUGCAAUCUUACGCGGCCAUGUUGAUUUCACAAGUGAUCCAUGGCCCUCAAUUUCUCCCGGAGCAAAGGAUCUUGUCAGGAAGAUGUUGAAUUCAGACCCCAAACAAAGAUUGGCAGCUUUCCAAGUUCUAAAUCAUCCAUGGAUUAAGGAGGAUGGUGAAGCACCAGAUACACCUCUUGACAAUGCUGUAUUGAAUAGGCUCAAACAGUUCAAAGCUAUGAAUCAGUUCAAGAAAGUUGCUCUACGGGUUAUUGCGGGAUGUCUAUCAGAAGAAGAAAUCAUGGGAUUGAAACAGAUGUUUGAGGCAAUGGACACCGACAACAGCGGGACUAUAACGCUUGAAGAGCUGAAACAAGGACUAGCCAAGCAAGGAACAAGGCUUUCUGAACUCGAAGUUAAACAAUUAAUGGAAGCUGCUGAUGCUGACGGCAACGGGACAAUAGACUACGACGAGUUCAUCACGGCAACGAUGCACAUGAACCGAAUGGACAGAGAAGAACAUCUCUACACUGCCUUCCAACAUUUUGACAAAGAUAAUAGCGGGUUCAUAACGACUGAAGAACUAGAGCAAGCUCUCCGCGAAUUCGGCAUGCACGAUGGCAGGGACAUAAAGGAAAUCAUCUCUGAAGUUGAUGCUGAUAAUGAUGGGCGUAUCAACUAUGAUGAAUUUGUGGCUAUGAUGAGAAAAGGAAAUCCCGAUGGAAACCCAAAGAAGCGACGUGAUGAUGUAUUUGUUUGAUUAUGCAGGUUGGUGCAGAUUUUACAAUUCAAAAAAUCAAGGGGAAGAAAAAAAAAAGAAGAGAAAAAAACAUUCAUCUGAACUUCACAGCUUGGAUUUCAAUGGUGGAUCAGAGAUUUGAUUAUAUGGUAAAAGCUCCUUAUACAGUGACUGUCAAAAAGAAAGGGAAAUGGCGGUCAAAGUGGUUGAUGGGUUUGUUUUUCUCUCUCUUUUAGGAAAAAAAAAGAAGAUUAUUUAGGUUUGUAAUCUUUGUUCAUGUGUGUACUAUAUCAGCUUCUCCUCUCUUGCUUCUAACAUGUAAGAAGAUUGUAACAUGUCACUAAAUUAUGUGAAAGAAAAAGG